CGAUCGUUGCCAACCCAAACAAAAUGCUGUCCAUCCCAACAAAGCGUUGGUCGCGAAGGUCCCUCGCCUUUCCUUGCAAGGACAAAGGCUCCCGCAGACUCUUUGGCAGCUCACGUUAUCGAUGAAGAAUCUCAAGUACUGGCAGUUGCAGGCCAUGUCCCACCAGAACAUAUUUCAACGUCGACUGAUCAAACACCGUGCUGGAAGCAAGAGAUACCGAGGCAUCUGACCAUGGCUAUCAAUCUAACAUCAAAAGUCAGGGUCCACAAAGAUUUAGUGAUUGGGUCUGGAUCCUUUGGAUGGGUAUACAUCGGGAACUUGGAUGACAUUCCGGUGGCUGUCAAAUGUUCGAAACAACCCGAACACCGACGCCACACGCGCGAGAUAGAGCAUUGGACAAAGCUCAACCAUCCAAACUUUGUACCGUUCUAUGGGUAUCUGCAGAAUGACGCGAGCCUUCCGAAAGAUAUCGUCACGCCUCAUGAUACUGUCUCAACGUACAACGUUGUUACACCGGCUGCACGAAAUCUAUGGACCGGUGCCCCGACGAGGUCCUGCUCAUUAUCUUCACCCGCGCAUGUACGGACGGAGGCACGACCGGUCGCGCACUUUCGCUAGUCUCCAACCGCAUACAUCGCGUCUCCGCAACCGACAAUUUGCUUCUACGCUUUGCCUUAUUACGUAACAAAUGGUUCCGAGCGGGUUGGAAUUUCUGCAACGCGGUUGUUGUCCCUUCUCUCGCCCGCUCCAUCAAAUGCUGCCUGAAAUCAAUGUCGAAGCUGGCGAGCUGUAUCCUGUAGAGGUCCUAUGGGCUGAGAAAUACGAAUGACUGCUCAGCUGUGGCUACAGGCUCCGGGAUCGCUUCAAACCUGACUGGGUGCCUUCAUGGAGGGGCAAGGGCGACGAUGUGCUGUACUGGGAGCAGGAAGAUGCACACCCGUUCCAGGAUAGUCGCGUCGCGGACGCCGUUCGUGUGUCUGACAACACACCGGUUGCCCUGAAAAGGAUCUUCCCAGACAAGAACCCC